UUGUCUCACAGAAAACCCGCUCCUAACAGAAAAAGCUGGGGAGAGAGGAGUGGCUUAAAAUGGCUAAAACUUUCUGUCUCCAAGUCCACUGGAGGAGAAGUUACUGAAGAUCUGCCACCUAAGCUGCAGAUAAAAAUAUUUGGAAUUGUCCAAGUUAUUAUAAAAUUCAAAGACAGAAGAAGAAGGGACUAAGGAAGGGAAGGGGACAUGGGAGGAUGCAGGGAAAGAGAGGAGGAGAAGAUGGAAGGAGUUAGUUGGGGGAGAAUGUCUUCACCUUGUUCCCGAGUGUGGGGCGCUGAGGUGCGCUCCUCCAAGUGGCUUCACUGAAAAGAUACCCCCUGGAGGGAAGGACAUUCAGUUCCUUCUGCCAAGUGCAGAGGCCACUCUCUGGUCUCUUGCCUUCCCGGAGCUUCGGUGCCAUGGAGACUGUCAUGUGACCCAGCAAACACAGUUGUCCAGGGCUGCACCGGACGGGCGUCCACUCUCUGUCCUGUCCGAGAUGCUUGCAGGCCCCCGGCUGGCCCUUUCCCAUGGCAGGGGGUACCUGCAGGGCACGUGGGAGAAAGCCUACCAGGACCACAGGAGAAAGGUGCGGGAGGCCCGGCCGGUGGUGGACAGCCGCGCCCCACCAACCCUCAGUCACCUCCGCCUGAAACUUGGCAAACUCAAGCUGGAGGAGGGCCGGCUGUCCGUCAUCGACAGGGACAACCGUCUGCUGCUGGAGAAGCUGUCCUGCAUCGUGAGGACCGGGGGGCGGACCCGCAGCGGAGUCAGCUGUGCACACAGGAGGGAGAAAAGAGAGCAGGAACUUUGCAGCCUGAGAGAGAAAAACCCGUUCCGGAGAGGGUCACAAACUCAGCUCAGGACCCGUUUGCAACACACCCUGUGGAAGGUAGACCCGCCGCCGGAGGAGGAAAGUGUUUGUUUCCAACAUGUAUUUUUGAUCCCAUGGGAACUGAAGCUGAAGUUCAGCAAGGCCACCUCCUGGACCCAAAAGAUGAAGUGGAGGGAGGACUCAGCACACAGAGGAGGAGGAGGAGACGCAUCAGAAGCAGUGGUGGACAAACGGCAAGGCCGGCACGGCCUCCUGGGGCAGCCCCCUGUCCUCAGGGACGCUGCCUCCCACCCUGGCCAGGCCUCCUCACCUUAUCACGCAGGGACAGCCACACGUGUGUGAGUCAGCAUCCCAACUGUGUGUGUUCACAGGAUGUCUGAGCAGAUGAUGCAGCAAAACUAUUUGCUGUGCUUCUAGGGCUGAUAGCUGAAAACAAAUUAUGCAGAGUAAUACUGGGAGCUAAAGGCUUUUGAAUUGGAUUUUUCUCUCUAGUUAGGAACACAUACUCUGUUACCAUAUUUUGUGUUGUUGUGGAUUUGUUUAUAAUUUUCAGAUGUAUUUGUAUAA